CGAGAAUUUCUGUUAGAAAAAUUAUCAUGAGUUAGCUCAGAAAGACGGAAAUAGAGUCGGAACUGUACGGAUCAUCAGAUCACUUGGCGAGAGAAUAAGGUGAUCACCAAAUACCGAUGCGUGUGGAUUGUGUGCUGUAAAGAAUCAAAGAUGUAACAGCAGCAAAAUCAAGUCUCCAACGCAAAACCCCAACCCAAACAGUUCUCCAUAUUGAACCAAUAUCGAAACACUGUCAAAAUGCAUCUUUUAUCCAAGUUCACGGAAGAACUAAAAGAAGAUAACUACAACAUCCGUUACGGUACGAAAAUCCAACGAACAGCCAAAGUAUUUUCCUACACGUUCUGGCGAACAGAAUGCGAAGGAGAGGUUUUUUGGAGCGUUCAAGGAAACAACAGUGAUGGAUCUACCUUUAUAACAACCCAAUACUUCGGACCAGAAGAGGAGGCCAAACGGUACCAGCAGGAGAUCAUCCUGCACCAUCCCGAAGAGAAGAAGAUUAAGAUGAUUUAUUAUGCGUCGUGUGUUAGUGGAAUGAACUGUGUGAAUAUUUCUAGUACUAUUGUGCGGCAUUUUAAAGAUAAGAACAACGUUUUGUAUUUUGAAUAUCGCUUGGUGAAGCUGAAGCGACGACCGUAUCCUUACAGAAUGUUAUGA